AUGUCACACAGGCUGGCGGCGGCGGCCGGCAGCCGAGCGGUGGCCGGCCCGCUGGCCGUGCUGUGGAGGUGCGGCGGCGGCGGCCCAGGAGGCGGCAGGACGGCCGGGGCCGGCGUGAGGGCCCUCGGCAGCGCCCGGCAGUGCCUCCAGGGGAUCCGAUUUCAGCAGCUGGCUCUGCAGGCGAGAUUGACGACAUCAUCUUCACAGUGGCUGUGUUCAAAACCACCUAAAGGGUUUGAGAAAUUCUUUAAGAGGAGUGGAAGAAACACAGACUCAGGAAAAUCAACAACUGCAAAAAAAGAAACUGGUGAACCAAAGAGAGCAGGGCUUGGAGGAGAUGGAAGCAAGAGAGAUGGGAAGCAGGAUGGCUUUGCCUGGUGGACACAGAUACAGAAGGGGGAGUUCCCCUGGGACGACAAGGAUUUCCGCAGUCUGGCCGUUUUGGGGGCUGGUGUUGCCAUGGGAUUUUUCUACUUCUACUUUCGAGAUCCUGGAAAAGAAAUCACCUGGAAGCACUUUGUACAGUAUUGCCUGGCCAGAGGUCUGGUGGAUCGGCUGGAAGUUGUGAACAAGCAGUUAGUGCGUGUUAUCCCUCCCCCUGGGACAUCUUCCAAGAAAUUCGUGUGGUUUAACAUUGGAAGCAACGACACCUUUGAGCGCAACCUGGAGUCUGCUCAACGGGAGCUGGGGAUUGAGCCCACCAGCCAGGCAGCUGUGGUCUACACCACUGAGAGGGACGGGUCUUUCUUGAGAAGUCUGGUGCCCACCUUUCUCUUGGUGGGCAUCGUUCUCUAUGCUGUGAGGAGGGGCCCGAUGGGGGCUGGGCGCAGCAGGCGAGGAGGGGGCUUUUUCAGUGUUGGUGAGACCACAGCCAAGAUCUUUAAGAAUAACAUCGAUGUGCGAUUUGCAGACGUAGCUGGCUGUGAAGCCAAAUUGGAAGUUAUGGAGUUUGUGAAUUUCCUGAAGAAUCCAAAGCAGUAUCAGGACUUAGGAGCCAAAAUUCCAAAGGGAGCCAUGCUCACAGGUUCUCCUGGUACUGGCAAGACCCUUCUUGCCAAAGCGACAGCAGGGGAGGCCAGCGUGCCCUUCAUCACUGUGAACGGGUCGGAGUUCCUGGAGAUGUUUGUCAGUGUGGGGCCAGCAAGGGUUCGUGACAUGUUUGCAAUGGCCCGAAAAAAUGCUCCUUGUAUCUUAUUCAUUGAUGAGAUUGAUGCAGUUGGUAGGAAGCGAGGCCGGGGGCACUUUGGAGGCCAAAGUGAGCAAGAGAAUACCUUGAACCAGAUGCUCGUGGAGAUGGAUGGGUUCAACUCUACCACUAACAUUGUGGUGCUGGCCGGCACCAACCGCCCUGACAUCCUUGACCCUGCCCUGAUGCGGCCUGGCCGGUUUGACCGCCAGAUUUACAUUGGCACCCCCGACAUCAAAGGUAGGUCCUCCAUCUUCAAGGUCCACCUGCAUCCCUUGAAGUUGGACAAGAGCAUCAGUAAGGAUGCCCUGGCAAGGAAGCUGGCAGUGCUCAUCCCGGGCUUCACUGGUGCAGAUAUUUCCAACGUCUGCAAUGAGGCAGCCCUGAUUGCUGCCCGCUACUUGAGCUCUUGCGUUCGGGAGGAGCACUUUGAGCAGGCCAUCGAGAGAGUCAUUGGAGGCCUUGAGAAGAAGACCCAGGUCCUGCAGCCCAGCGAGAAGGCGACUGUGGCCUACCACGAGGCUGGGCAUGCAGUGGUGGGCUGGUUCCUGGAGCAUGCGGACCCCCUGCUGAAGGUGUCCAUCAUCCCCCGGGGCAAGGGGCUCAGCUAUGCCCAGUACCUGCCCCGGGAGCAGCACCUCUACACACAGGAGCAGCUCUUUGACCGCAUGUGCAUGAUGCUGGGGGGCAGGGUGGCUGAACAGCUCUUCUUUGAGUGCAUCACCACGGGGGCCCAAGACGAUCUGAGGAAGGUCACCCAGAGUGCCUAUGCCCAGAUCGUGCAGUUUGGGAUGAGUGAGAAGCUGGGCCAGGUGUCCUUCGACUUCCCCCGACAAGGCGAGGCCCUGGUGGAGAAGCCGUACAGUGAAGCCACCGCCCAGCUCAUUGACGAGGAGGUUCGGCACCUCAUCAACUCCGCCUACACACGGACCCUGGACCUGCUGACGCGGUGCCAGACACAGGUGGAGAAGGUGGGCAAGCGGCUCCUGGAGAAGGAGGUGCUGGACAAGGCCGACAUGGUGUACCUGCUGGGCCCGCGGCCCUUUGCAGAGAAGUCCACGUACGAGGAGCUUGUGGAGGGCACCAGCAGCCUGGAGGAGGAUACGUCCCUUCCCGAGGGGCUGGAGGGCUGGAACCAGGGACGGGAGGAGGGGGGUAUGGAGCAGCGCUUGCAGGGGAGCCCUGUGUAGCCUCUGUGGGGCAGCCGCCUGCACCCUGAGCCUUUGCAGAGCAGCUGCCAGAAUCACCGGAAAACAAAUUAAAACGUGAUCAUCACAAAUAGGCCUUUUAGAUAAGGGUGCUCUGAACCCACAGAGAAGAGCAUUGGGAGCUGGCAGCAGCCAGCCAGAGAGGGAGCAGAGGAGGUGCCCUGAGUCCCUGCACCCUGUUCCUAGAGGACAGUUGGGUCCUGGGUCCGAGGGCAGAGGAAGCCAGGCUCACCCAUGAGGAGCUAAGGGUAGGGCAUGUGUCUUCCUGGAGCCCUGUGUGCAGGAGGCUGCAAGGGGCUCUGGACCCUCAGGGUCCUCGCAUCAGGCACUUUCAGUGGAGACAAGACCUCAGGCUUUCCUGGGGAGCCUGCUCUCGUGGAGAGGGACGGAUGUGGGUUGUCUUAAAAUUGCUCAAACACAGACGCCCUCAGGGUUUGGGGGGGUAGAAUUAAGAGAAGGAAAUGAAAGCUGAGUAUCAAGGGAAAGUCGGGUUUAAGUAGCUGCUGGGA